AUGACCACUUUCACCAAGCUGAAAGAGGGCGAGAGGCCAUUGCUUUCCGUAUAUUCAGACCGUAGGCUGAGCAAGAUCAACGACAACUACCUCGGCGGGUUUACCGAGCAUAUGGGUCGCUGCAUAUAUGGCGGCCUAUACGAUCCUGAGAACCCCAAUAAGGACCUUCUCGACGAGCACGGCUUUCGUAAGGAUGUCAUUGAGGCCAUGAAAGAGCUCAAGGUACCUGUCGUUCGCUAUCCUGGUGGCAACUUUGUUGCCACAUACCACUGGCUCGACGGCGUUGGGCCUCGCCAGCAACGACCAAAACGGCCCGAAUUGGCGUGGCUAGGCGUUGAAAGCAACGCCAUUGGCACCGAUGAGUUCAUGCAGUGGUGUGAAAUCGUUGGAACUGAGCCAUAUCUUGCGCUCAACUUUGGUACUGCUCUUGGAUGGCUCGAGUACUGUAAUGGCGCUCAAGACACCCACUAUGCCAAUCUGAGACGCAAGAACGGUCGAGACAAGCCAUACAAUGUCAAGUACUGGGCACUCGGCAAUGAGUGCUGGGGUGCAUGGCAAGUCGAGCAGAUGACCAAAGAGGACUACGCCAAGAAGGCAUAUCAAUGGGCGAAAGCUCUGAAGCUCCUAGAUCCGACAAUUCAACUGAUCUUGUGCGGCGAGAAUGGUGUGGCCGACUGGGACCAGUAUGUGCUCAAGCAUUGCCUGAAGUUCGAUCAACAUGCACUGGGUGGCAGCACGACAGCAAGUCUUAUUGACAUGCACUCGAUCCAUAUCUACACCGCCGAUAACGAGCCACUGAAAAAUGCUAUCGCCCCUCGAUCUGCCGAGAGAGCCAUCGAAGUAUGUGCGAGUUUGAUUGAUCUUGCACGAAUACAGAACAAUGUGCCGGCCAGUGUGCCUCGGACCACUAUCUGCUUCGACGAAUGGAAUGUCUGGGAUCCGAUGCGCGCACCUGGCGAGCAGGGCGCGGAGGAGCGAUACACGCUUUCCGACGCCCUCGCUGUGGCAAUUUGGCUGAACGUCUUCAUUCGACAAUCGAAGUACAUCGGCAUGGCCAAUAUUGCACAAAGCGUUAAUGUAAUCUCACCAUUGAUGACAACAGAAAAGGGACUCAUGAAGCAGACGACCUGGUGGCCACUUCUACUCUUCUCGAAGUACAUGCGAGGCUGGACAAUCGCCACUCACGUCAGUUCCGGAGCAUAUGAAGGCGUCACGGCACCGAGCUGGGCACAAGCUGCAGUCGAUGCUCCUUGGCUAGAUGUAUCUGCUGUGGUCAGCGAUGAUGGCUGGGUUAGCAUGGUGGUCGUGAACGUCAACCAGACAGAAAGCUUCGAGAUCGAUGUCGAUGGUGCACGGCCAGGGAAUGAUGGCGGCAAGAAGUAUGUGAUCACGGGAAGUAAGUGGGAUGUUGUGAAUACGGAGCAGAAUCAGGAGGUCAGCAUAGACGAGAGCGACUGGGAUGGCAGAGGCCAGGUGAAGUUCCUGCCUUUCAGCAUGACAAUGCUUCGGUGGAAACUCUGA